UCCUUCCUCACAUUCCAUUCCCUUCUAUUCCCUUACUGUCCUGUUUAUGAAGAUAUCCAAUGUAGCAUGUUUACUGUUAACUAGCAUACGCACAUGAAUGAAAGCGAACAUUUUCCCUCGUGCUGGAUAUGUAUCCCUUAAGCACUCCGGAGUAUCAAUAAGGCCGGCUGGCCCAAUGGUAAGGCGCUUGACUACGAAUCAAGAGAUUGCAGGUUCGAGCCCUGCGUCGGUCAAUAGUUUUUGUCUUUUUGCAGGUUGCCACUGUGCCCCAGAGUAUCCUGUCCGAUGUGGAUAGCACUGGGGACAGGACACACGGAGAAUUUUCGUGUGAACCACUUUUCCGGCAUCGUCGGAUCCACCCGCCGAACUCGACGCUCU